AUCUGUCAACAAAAAUGCGAUAAGAAGCGCACCUUGUAACACACGUAGCCCUCAGACCACUCUUUCUCUCACGACGCCAUCGUAGGAACAGGUCAACAUGAAGUCCGUCGCCGUGGUUCUUGCCGUUUUCCUGGCGUACCAGUGCCUGGCCGUCCGCCACCCGGGCCCACUGGUUCAGCCCGGAGGCCUGUCCCUGAGUCGGACCCUCAGUAAGCCCAGCAAAGUCGGUGCCAUGGACUUGUGCAGCUUCUGCGUGGAUUUCGCUCAUAACGCCAUCCAGACUAUUGGAGAAGCCAUUCUCGAGGGUGGUUUGACGAAAGGAUGCCAAGGGCUGUGUGCGAUCGUGGGCAACAAAACAGACAGUAAGGCGGUGGAGCUGGCCUGUGACACUCUGUGUGUCGCCGUGGGGUUCGACGAGUUCGUUCACGCAUUCCAAAAGGCCGACGUGGACCCGAUCUACUACUGCGAGCUACUGAACCAGUGCCCGAUUGUCGACAACGGCGAUGCGACCACCACCCUUUUUGACGUCAAUCCAAAGUCAGGACCACAAGGGGACUUUAUCUUCGACGUUGAGUACGAGACGAAGAACGGCACGGGGACAGGGGAACUGCUGCUACUCAUCGACACUGUAGAUCAAUGGCCCGUAGGUGGGUCCUUCCUGAACGAGCCGCAGGCCCCGGGGAAGUACGGAAUGAAGAUGACGCUGCACGCGGUGCCGAACGGCGGGGAAUCUUUCAUGCCGGGCGACUAUAACGCCACUCUGCAAAUCUGCAAUGGUCAGUGUAUGAGCAAACAUCCCCACAGUAAGAUCUACGACACGAAGAAAACCAACUUCACCAUCACUCCAUCUGACUAGUCGUGCAGCCGCGACAAACGGAUGAACAACGCUAAUUCCAAGUUACAUGUAUUCCUACUCUCCAAGCAGAGCUUUGGGUUUUGGCUGAAAACGUUUUUUUUGUUGUUGUUUGUUUUGGGUAAA